AUGCCCUUCGGGCUCAAGAAUGCGGGGGCUACCUACACCCGAAUGGUCGCACGGCUGUUACAAGGUCUGCUGGGGAAGUUUAUGGCGGCGUACGUUGAUGAUAUGUUGGUCAUCAAGAGUCCGAAAGAGUCAAGUCACGCUCCAGACCUAGCCGAGUGCUUUCGAGUGAUGCUUAAGUACAACUUGCGGCUUAAUCCCAAAAAAUGCGCCUUUGUCGUGCAAGGAGGAAACUUUUUGGGAUACAUGGUGAUAAAGAGAGGUAUCGAGCCGAAUCCCGAGAAGGUCCAAGCUAUCAUGGACAUGCAACCCCCUAGUUCCAUCAAAGACCUACAAAGGUUUACCGGUCGGCUGGCCGCUCUGAGCCGAUUCCUUAGCAAGGCGGCAGAUAAGACAGUGCCCUUUUUCGAGGCCAUGAAGAAGAAAGAAGGUUUCGCGUGGACAGCCGAGUGCCAGGAAUCCUUUGAGGAGCUCAAAAGGUACCUUUCUACACUUCCUGUGUUAUCCACUCCUCAGGUUGGCGAACCUUUGUACCUAUACCUGGCAGCAUCGCCUAAGGCAGUUAGUUCAGUGCUCGUCCGAGAAGAAGAACAGGUCCAGCAUCCGGUUUAUUACGUGAGUCGAUCCCUGAAGUCCGCCGAGAUUCGCUAUACGCCUCUAGAGAAGGUGGUAUACGCAUUGGUGGUUACGGUACGGAAGCUGGCACCUUACUUUCAAGCACAUACCGGAUCAAGUACCAGCCCCGUCCUUCGAUCAAAGGACAGGCGUUGGCUGACUUCUUGGUCGAGUGUACAAUGGGGGAAGUCGACGGGAAUCCCGACUCCGGAGAAAGAGUCAGGAGAAUGGUGGGAGUUACAUGCCGAUGGGGCGGCGAGUAGUCAGCACUGCGGCGACGGAGUCAUGUUAGUCACGCCGGAAGGAUUCCGAUUGUAUUAUGCCCUGAGCUAUCAAUUCCGAGCAUCCAACAAUGAAGCAGAGUAUGAAGCUGUGCUGGGAGGCAUUAGACUCGCUAAAGCCUUAGGGGUCGACCGCUUUCGUAUUAAGAGGGACUCGCGCCUUGUGGUAGGGCAAGUGUCCAGAACCUGUGAAGCUAGGAGCGAUCGGCUGGUACGGUAUAAGGAAAAGACCGUGGAGUCGUUGAGAGGGUUCGUUGCCCAUGAGAUAGAGCACAUCUCCCGAUCUGACAAUACAGAAGCCGACAUCUUGUCGAAAAUCGCCCUGGAGGGGGUGCCAGAUCAUUUUCUGAGGAUCUGCCUGAAAGAAGACUUACCUCGACCUAGCAUCGAGGAGCCGAGUGAAGAAAUUCAACAGGUGAAGACCCUGGAGUGGGACCGCGACAAAAACCCAGAAAUGCCCUGGAUCGAAGACAUACUGCGUUACAAGGAAGAAGGAAAAUUGCAUGACGACCACACGGUCGCCGCCCGAGUCCGAAGAAAAGCCCCUUCCUUUGAGAUUGUGGAUGGGCAGUUAUACAAGAAGUCAUUCGGAGGCCCCUUCCUCAAAUGCCUGCUCCAACCGGAGGCGGAGAAAAUAAUGGAUGAGGCCCAUCGGGGGAUAUGUGCGGCUCACCAGGAUGCUCAUACCCUAGCACGCAAGUUAGUCGUCCAAGGAUAUUACUGGCCUACCAUGAUGAGGGACUGCGUCGAUUGGAUAACCAAGUGCAUUAUAUGCCAGGCGUUCGCUCGGAAGGACACUCGGCCAGCCACCUUCUAUGCUUCGGUCGUCACUGCCAUUCCAGUCGCUAAUUAA